CUGCAUAAGUUAUGGACACCGCUCACCUAACCUCAGAACACCACUCCCCAUCCUGCUGCCAGGCCUCGAGCACCCUUUGGAGCAGAAAGGGCUUGGGCAAUGUAGAUUUGGCGAAGUUCCUACCGAUGUUCUUCGAGACAAAGUGGUGAAACGCGCUAGACGGAGACGGAUCUGAGCGGCGUCGCCUCCGCCGGUGGAGGCACAAUGUCGGAGUUAGGUAGUUGUGGGAAUGAUUCGAUGGAAGGAUCCAACAGAGAUGACCGGCAUGCGGAGAUGCAGCCGGCUGACAUAGUGCAAGCCACAUUCAGUGCUGAUGAUGGGGAUCCACCGGCUGCUACAUCAAGGAUCUCUGUCAAGCAUGCAGUUGUGGUCAUACAGAAGUUCUCUGACUAUAAGAGGUGGCUUGUGGAGGAGAUUGGUUUUGGAGGAAUGCUCAAGUUACCACUUCUGCAUAAGUUGAAUCUAAAGUACAGUGCAUGGCUAAUGAGAAAGGUUAGCGUCAGUCGCCGAGCUAUCUUUCUAACAGAGUCGAAGGUGCUUAGGUUCUAGGCUGAAGAUGUGCACAAGGUGUUUGGGAUUCCAUGUGGGAAGCGAAAAGUUAUUGGUCGUGAUGCCGUGAUCAACCCCGAUGCCAUAAAGUUCAUCAAGAAUACUAUUGGCAUGAAUCGUACUGGCGUCCAUAGUUUGCGUGCAGUAGAGGAAUUCCUUCUCAGGGACAUCACGGAAGAAUCAUCGAAGCUGGAGAAGGACUGCUUCCAAAUUGCAUUUGUUAUUUUUGUGAUGGGUCUUGUUCUUGUGCCUAAGACGAAGUACGACUAUGCAACUAUUGAUUUUUGGGGAGCCCUGGCCAGUACAGAAAACAUUGCACAGUUUAACUGGUGCCAGUAUGUGCUAGACGCUUUGCUGGAUGCUGUGAGGAAGCUCAAGAGGGACAUUAUCUUGAAUAACUUAAACACGAACCUUACAGGAUGUCAUCUUUUCUAUCAGAUUUUCACCCUUGAUAGCCUGCACCUUGGUACGUUCAACAAGAAGCACGAUGUAUUUCCUCGUAUAAGUGAUUUUGACGCCGAUUGCCUUCGAAAUAUGAUCAUCAUGGCAACUGAUCCAAUAAAGUCGGCAAAUUCGUGGUCGUAUGCACCUUUACGAGACCCAUCAGUUGUGUGCUACAUGUGGGGUCAGUGCCGGGAAAAAAAUGUGAAGACUUCACACAGCACAUCUAGAUCUCACAACAAAAAAAGCGGUGGAGCCUAUGUUGCGCAACCUGUCCAGACGCCUAGUGUUGAACACGCUGACGCGCCCGUUGGCGCACCAGUUCCUAUUUCCGCACCAAUGGGUGACAUAGGACCAAUGGACCUUGGCAAUUAUUUGCGUCAACACUAUCCGAAACUGGUUGCAGAUGAGAUAUCACUUCUACUGAAGAAGCACAAUACCAGAGCUUUGCUUCAUCUAGCAAACGCAAGGCAGAGCAUCAUGAAAGACAUGCUGAAGUUAGCAGAUGAUCUGUACUCAUCGCUGAGCCGACGUUGUGUCUGUUGCCCUGCCAGGGGUUUUGCAGACUGUCCGUUAGGAGGUACAGUGAGCAAUCAUGUGCGAGAGCAGUUCAGCACCCCCGUAACAAGCAAAAUCGAUGGCCGAAGGCUGGACCUAUCAGGGUGUGGAGCAAAAACCCCAGCAGAUGAAGGCAGCGCUGGUGCUAAACGCAGCGCCCAGCCCCUGUGUCGUGCUGAUACAGUGAAGCGAGUGCAUGUUGAUUUGGCUAUCCCGCACGAGAUCGUAGUGGAGGUCACUGAGUUCUGCAAGUCCACUUUCAGGGCAAUCGCUGAGAUGUAUGCGGACCUGCCCUCUAAUUUUACAGCAGUAGUUUUUGGUCAGAGCAACAAAACCCUGCCUAAACAGAAAUACAUCUUUCAACAUGGGUACGCGACUGAUCCGUGGGGGCGUGGGUGUGUGCCGUACCCGCCACUGCCGGAUGUAGCCGAGCAAAUUGAGCACUACUUCAACAAUGCGCAGCCCGGAGUGCUCUCAAGUUUGUUCAUCAUCCAUGAUUCUCCACGGUACAUUAGAGUUACUGGUCUAGCACUAAAGCAGCAGCUCGUGGGGGAAAGGUUGCUAGACCAUGAGCUAAUGUGUAUUAUCCUCCGGCGGUUUAUGCAAGCACAUGCAGAAUGUAAUCGGGAUUCCCCAUAUCUCAGUUGGCGGCACAGCCUUGAAGCAGAUUUAUCGAAACAGCUAACUGGUGAAUGCCACCCGUAUGAUAUCACGACAGCUCAAAUGUUUCUGUUGCCGGUGCCAUUACAAGAUGGGUGGUUACUCAUGAUGUGGGACAUGAUUGCCAAGAUUAUCCAUGUACUUGACCCUCUUGUUCAGCGCCACAGCACCAACCCAGUAGUGAAGGUACGUCAGGAGUUGGUAGAACGGAAGCUUCACAAUGCUUUAUUCAACUGCCUGAAUGAGUAUUAUGCUGGGUGGCCUGUCGUGGAAGACAAUUGGAGAACUGUCUUCCCUGCUCUCACGGACACCAAUUUCUGCAAGGAGGAAUCUGGAAUUGCCGUAGUUCACAUUGCACGGCACUAUGAUGGCAGAAAGAUGAUGCUGCCACUAACGAAGUUUGUAGAACAUCACCAGCUGGAGUAGUGGCGUUGUUGACGCCGUCGGCUGCGACAGCUGAGGAAAAACCCAGGGGGUAUCACCAUGAGCUUUUUUACUUACAAAUGGGGUCACAAGUAGAAGCUGGUCAUGGAUGCGAGGCACAAACCGUUCCCCUCAUACAACGCCUGGAGAUUUUCAGCCAAUCUGUGGUCAGCUGUCUCUUGUUGGGUUUGCUCAUGCUGCAGGUUCGACUCCAAAUCCUCCACGUAUGCAUCCCAAUCGAAAUCGUCACCGCGUGAAGGACUAUCAGAGUAUGAACCAAACGCGUCUCCACUUGUUGAGUCAUCAAUGAAUGGCUCUUCUCCUUCAUAUUCAUUGUUGUCUGUAUCAAAAAGAAUAUGUCAUUAUGUUUAUAUGAAAGCUUAAGGAUUUUAUGAAUUCUCACUGUUCAGGAAAGAUAUCAGCACCACACUUACGAAUUGGAGAUCCUAUUUGUUCUGAAAGUACAUUGGCAUUUUGUUCCAAUCCCCCCGCGUUAGCUACUGUAGAUGUAACUGUUCCAUUCAUGAUUAAAUGUUAGUAU